AUGAGGCUGGCAAAGAAGGGAUUGCUAGAGCACCUAGACGCUAUGAAGGCCCCAGAAGAAGGAGACGCAAGCGCGUCAACUUGGAAAGUCAACGACAUGAAGGCCUUCGCGAUUGUGUCCACAAUGAUCAGCACAAAUCUUCAGUCAAUGGUGCGCACGGCAGAGACAACGGCAAAAGCAUGGGACAUACUGAAGACUUUCUUCCUGCGGCAAAGUAUGCACAAUCGUGUGCAGUUGCGGCGGCAACUACAUGAGUUCAAGUUGGCCAAGGGAGGAAGCAUCAUGGAUCACUUCCUGAGAUUUGACGAGCUGUGCAUGACUAUGCAAGCUGUGGGACAAGAGAUCUCACAGGAUGAGCAUUUGGUCAUCCUAUUGGGUAGUCUAACGAGAGACUAUGACCCUAUCGUCAAGAUAAUUGAGAACAUGCCCGGAAUGACACUGUUUCACGCUAAGGAAAUGCUGAGACGGGAGUACGAUGGAAUGGCGAGGACAGAACACCAAGAAAUCGCACUGAAAAGUACGCACACUUCCAAGUACAAGAAAGGUCCGCGCAGACAUAUGGGGAGAUCAAGUUCAAGAGGUGAAAAGUUUUCGGGAAGGUGUUACCGAUGUAACAAAUAUGGGCACAAGCGUCAAGAUUGCAAGGCUGAACAAGUGGAGACAGAGCGAUCUGGAGAAGAGAGAGCAUUUACUGCGUCAAGUCGGACGUCAGCUGGAUGGUUAUUGGACAGUGGGGCAAGCAGCCACAUGUGUCCCGACAGAAAUGAGUUUUCGAAUUUAAACUCACUGACGGACCCGAUCAUGAUCACCAUAGCAGACGGCAGCGAAGUGGAAGCGCAAGGUGUUGGGACAGUGCGCGUGCAACUCAAGACUGGUGAAGUGAUCAGGAUCGAAGAAACGCUAUGGGUGCCGGGCCUAGACCGAAGGCUACUGUCAAUAUCGGCAUUGUCAAAGAGGGGUCUACAAGUGAUCUUCUCAGAUCUGAGCUGUCAGAUCAGAAGUAACACGGAAGUCGUUGCCCAAAUACCAAGACGAAACAAGAUGUACGUCUUAGAGUGCAGUCCGGCUGAGGUAGCCAACGUUUGCGGAGAGACAUCUCAAGAGCAAGAAUCAAGUGACGGAUCAGGAGCGGCUGAUCUACAAGUGUGGCAUGCAAGAUUAGGUCACCUGUCAACGAAGAUGCUCAAGGGUAUGGCAGGUUGCGUCAAUGGAUUAAAGAUCAAGAAGAAUCAAGGCGUUGAAGAUGAUAUCGAGAUCUGCGAAGGGUGCAUCAUGGGUAAAGCAACCGUCAAGACGUUUCCGAAGUCACCAUACGGACACGUGAAAACCAAGGAGGUGUUGCAGUUGGUCCACAGUGAUGUCAUGGGACCUAUGGAAUCGAAGUCUCGAGGAGGAUCAAGAUUUGUCGUGACUUUUAUUGAUGAUUAUUCGAGAUAUAUAGUCGCAUACUAUAUUGAGAACAAGUCGGAAGUGACGGAUCGCUUUAUAGAGUAUAAGGCACUUAUGGAGAAUCAACUGUCCAAGAAGAUCAAGUGUAUCAGGACGGACAACGGGACGGAAUACGUCAACAGACGUUUCUCCGGUGUAUGUCGAAAAUCUGGUAUCAUGCAUCAGACGACGGUACCCUAUUCGCCACAACAGAAUGGGCUGGCCGAACGCAUGAACAGGACACUGACAGAGCGGGCCAGAGCAAUGCUCAGCCAUAUGCAAGUGGAUAAAAUUUGGUGGGCUGAGGCGAUGAACACGGCAGUCUAUGUGACAAACCGAGUUCCAUGUGCUAGUCACCCGACUAAAACUCCAUUUGAGUUCAUCUUCGGGAAGAAGCCUGACCUCUCCGAGAUGUGUGUAUUUGGAUCAAAGGGAUAUGCACAUGUCGACAAGUCGAACAGGACCAAGAUGACCAAGAAGGCGAUUCGAUGUAUUUUUCUAGGUUACUCGGAUCAAAUCAAGGGGCUUCGAAUAUGGGAUGAAGAUGCCAAGAGGGUGACGCACACGAGAUCGGCUAAAUUCGAUGAGAGACCACCACUUCAGUACGUGCAACGUUACAGCAGAUCAAGUGACCAAGAGUUUCGCGCUGUUCAUGACGAAGACACUGUUUCUAUCGAUUUAGAACAGCCACGAGUCACGAAAGACAUGGACAUAGCAAUGGAGGACAGUCACAGUGUUCAAGAAGAGAGUCACAUGCAAGACAGGCGUACAACAACGAUGGCUCUACCAUCAAGAUGCAGUAGCAAGAUGCCUGAACACGUGGGUUCCAAUGCUGACGAUCCAAUGUUUGAAAUUGAUGAUGUGACGAUGAUUGAAGAAGAUCAAGAAUCGGCUGAAGACGUGUCAAGACAAGGACAGAUGGUGAUACGACCAAGUCGACAGACAAGUAUUCAAGCAUCGCAAGAAACCGCGAUGGUUCCACUAGAAUCGAAGUGUGUCAAGAAAAAAGGCACAAAGAGACUACGUAUUGGGUAUGAGCAAGCAUGUGCAGCGUUCGAGACCCCAACGACAUACGAAGAAGCUCUUAAGUCACCUCGUCGUGAUAAUUGGUACAAGGCCAUUCAAGCUGAGCUCAAGGCAUUAGAGGAAAAGGACACCUGGACUGUUCAAACACAGCGUCCAAACCAGAAAGUGAUUGGAACCAAGUGGGUGUUCGCACUCAAACGAAACGAGCUGGGUGAGAUUAUUCGAUACAAGGCACGUCUUGUAGCACUUGGCUACAGGCAGACGUAUGGAGUUGACUACAUGGAGACAUAUUCACCUGUGGCAAACCUCAACUCAAUACGGGUGUUUUUGGCGGUGUGCUGUCAAAAGGGGAUGUUGAUUCAUCAAUAUGAUGUCGACACUGCUUUUCUGUAUGGCGUUUUGGAAGAAGAGGUAUACGUAUACCCUCCUCUGGGUGUUCGUGCAGAACAUAAUCAAGUGCUUAAGCUGAAUCGCAGUCUGUAUGGGCUGAAACAAGCGGCCGCUACAUGGUACAAGACAAUUUCGUGUGUGUUUGUGGAGAUGGGGUUCUCUUCAUGCGUGGCAGACUCAUGCAUUUUCGUCAAAGAGACCAAGGGCUCGUGGAUUUACGCUGCAUUAUAUGUGGACGACCUUCUAAUUGGGGCUGAAUCUACUGGAGUGAUGGAAGAUGUGGCAGCUCAACUAUCAAGUCGUUUCCAGUUGAAGAUACUAGGGGGUGUGUUCGAUACGUUCUUGGAAUCGAAGUCAAGUACCUGCGCAACAAUCGACGUCUGA